CUUCCCUCCACGCCCAUGGGGCAGAUCUCCUCCUCUUCCUCACUCCUCUCGAACAGUCUGGGUGCACUUCAGCCUCCAGCCUCUUUGCCCCUGCCUGUGCUCAGCUGGCUCAGGUGUAUAAGGCGUAGGCAGCUGCCCUCCUGGCCCUGUCCGCCCUGUCUGGAGAGAUACCAUUCGGAGCUGAUGGCUGGAGGAAAGGAGCGGAGCGUGAAAGCCCUGAAGGAAGUGUGGAAAAGAGCAGAGAACUCUUUGUGUGCAGACUGCGGGAAACCAGAUCCUGACUGGGCAUCCUCUACUUUGGGUGUCUUUAUAUGCCUUAACUGUUCAGGAAUCCACCGCAACAUCCCUAGCAUCAGCAAAGUCAAAUCCUUGAAGAUGGACCACUGGGAUGAUGCACAGGUGCAGUUUCUGGCCAAGCAUGGGAAUGCUGUGACUAAAGCCAUAUAUGAAGCUCACAUCCCUAUUUACUAUUACCAGCCAACCUACAAUGACUGCCAAGUGCUGAGAGAACARUGGAUACGGGCCAAAUAUGAACGCAAAGAAUUUACUGAGCCGGGAAAACAGCUGCCAUAUUCUGAUGGGGUGAAGGAAGGCAUCCUUUGGAAGCGAGGUCGAGACAAUGGGCAGUUCCUACCCCGCAAGUUCCUCUUGUCUGAGAGAGAGGGAUGUCUGAAGUAUUUCACCAAGCAGGAUGCCAAAGAACCCAAAAUCAGUGUUAAAAUAGAUAUAAUCAAUGCUACAUUCCAGCCAGAGAAGAUUGGGAACCCCAAUGGGCUUCAGAUCACCUAUCUCAAAGACAAUAAGACGCGGAAUAUAUUUGUCUACCAUGAAAGUGGAAAGGAGAUAGUGGACUGGUUCAAUGCCAUUCGCUCUGUGCAGUUCCAUUACCUGAAGGURGCAUUUCCCAUUGCCAGCGAUAAUGAGAUUAAAAAUCGUCUGACGAGAAACUUCUUGAAGGAGGGAUACAUGGAAAAGACUGGUCCCAAGCAGAGAGAGGCUUUUAAGAAGCGCUGGUUCACGCUGGAUCACCGCAGACUCAUGUACUUCAAGGAUCCUUUGGAUGCAUUUGCAAAGGGUGAGGUAUUUGUGGGCAGUGGAGAGAAUGGAUAUAGCGUCCAGAAGGGAUUGCCUUCAGGGACACAGGGCAACUUCUCUUGGCACUGUGGCAUCACCAUUGUCACCCCUGACCGGGAAUACCUCUUCACCUGUGAGACAGAGAGUGACCAGCUGGAGUGGAUCAGAGCCUUCACUAGUGUCAUCAACCAGGCCAUGACACCACAGGAAUAUGCAAUUGAAGCCUACUUCAAGUUUAAAUCCUAGGAAGCCAUGCUAUGACUCGACUCUGCCUGGUCCUGUUGGAGAGGAGAUUGACAUCAGAGAAACACAGCGCUCCUGGAGCACCCUUUGAAGCACUUUUGCCCCCAUAGAAUACCCACUUUGUUUUGAGGGCCCAGUUAAGCUGCUUCUUUUCAAGUGCCAGACUUUGUACAUCUGAAUCCUCAGAACAACCUGUCCCUGUUCACUUGCUGUGUUCUGACUGGAUACUGACAGGGCUUGCCUGUCAGUUAGACCUUGAAAACUUUGGCACUUACUGUGGUGGACAUGGUACCUAGCAUCACUCCUGCAUGAAACUGCAGACAGCCACCCACCUUACACAAGAAAACAGCUGUCUGGCUGGAGCCAGGCAUCCUAGCGGGUUACAGGAUCUGCUGGACCAGAAGAGCCUGUUCCUUUAUAAGAAAUGUCAGUUCUACUGGUGACAGAGAUGUGAAACAUCUAGGUAUUUGAUCAGUUAGUGCAGUGGUUGACAAAGGUCACUUAAAAGAUAUAACCUAACAGGCAAAUGURAGGCCUGUUUCUUUCUGCUAGGUAUGGGCUUGAAAGCUUCUUUAGACCCCAUUUGUGUGCCAACCUUCCACCAACUGCUGCAGAGAAGAUUAAGAGAUUAUCUCAAAAAUUAUGUGGAUAUACAUUUGGGUAUGUGAAUAAUGUGUGUGUGCACAUGUAACAAAAAGUGAAGGAGGUGGAAUACUGCCUUAGGAAAGAUACUGUGAGGGAUAUUCAUGCCUCUGAAGAUCAGCUGCCAAACUUGAGUCUAUCAAACCAAUGGUGAGAGGUUGGGUCUUGCAGAGAGCAGCUGAUAGCGUGUGUAGAGUUCAGAGUCUGCUGUCUCUACUAGAGCCUAGGGGUUGAUAUCUGAAUGUAGAUCUCUGCUCCCUCAUUCUCUGCAUGUCAAAGGCCUGGCACUUGCAUCCUGACCCACACAUUACCUAAGUUUAUUUUGUGUAUCACACAUAUGUAUCAUUGUACAUAGUAGUAUAACAGGGGAAGUCUGUAUGUUCAUGUUAUAUUACUAACAGGCCAAAACACUAAAUCAUCCUGUGAGUCUUGUCUUAAAGCUCAUCUCUUGAAGCUCUCUUGGGAGAGCUAUGUUUCACAUGCUGGAAGGAGCAGUUGAGCUCUGCUGGUGACKGUAGUAUCUGAUGUGUUUGCAGUUUUACGCAGGCAGUGUGAGAGAAGGUGUUUCAUGUUAAGGGGAGCUAAUUGGAAUUAAUACAACCAGUAUUUUAAUUAGCUCCUAAAGAAAUAAAUAAAAAAAUACCACUGUAAUUUAUUUAAACUUUCUAAACUAGCUGAUUUGUUAACUGCUAAGGUAUGAGGUUCUUUCUAGGAAAAGAGCACAGAUAAUCAAACAAAAAGUCAUAGCUAUUCAUUGUAUUUUGUGGGACAUGUGGACUGUGAUUAUUCCCAUCAGAGCCAAAUAGGCAGACUCACGAUGCCCCUCUGCUUUUCUGGGGACCCCGCUCUUUGGCAAGACCACCACAAUCUGUUGGGAGCAUCAAAUUCCUGAAUGACAAGCAGCAUCACUCAUCCUGCUGCCAGGAGUGCAGCAUSGAAAAUAUCCACGUAAAAGCAUAUUUUCACUGCAUUUUGCUUAUCUCUUCCAGUUUGGAGCAUGAUUUUCCUGAAAACCCAAGGUCUUUGCACAGUGAGGGUAGUACUGACGGAAUGCUUCCCUCUCCUGUUUGCUGCUGAAUUGCCACUGCUGGAGAUGAGCAGAGGCAUUUGACUCAGCCGCAGGGAAGUUAAUACACUGCUGAUGCAAAAAAGUGUGGCUGGAGUGGCCUGAAACCCUGAGCUAACAGCAGAGUACAUGUAGUGUGGUGC